AUCGUUUCAGAGCCAGCUUCGGGAUGUAUCACAAAGAGAAGAGCAUCCAGAUGAAGACCAGCGCGUCUGCGCUGGGCAACAACCUGAGCGUGCUGCGGGUGGCGCCGCGGCGGCUCAGCUACUUCACCGUGGUGCACGCCAACCUGGUCAGCAUGAUCAGCGCGGCCUGGGACGGACUCAACUACUCCCACCGCCAGCUGCAGUCCAAGGAGCCCAACGUGGCCACCAGCACGUCUCUCAUCAUGCAGGCUGCAUUUUGUGUUCUGCCCUCUCGUGAUCUGCUGGUUGUGGCCUCACAGAAGGGUAUCCAAAUGUAUGAAUCAGAUGGCUCUAUCAUGGUAUACUGGCAUGCACUGGAUACACCUGAAGCCCCUAUAGGACAGGCAGUGUUUGCUCGUGGGAUAUCAGCAGUGUCUGAAAAUUAUAUAUGUGUGGGUGUUUCAUCAGGUCAAGUUCUAGUGUUUGAUGUCCCCAGUAAAGGAAGUAACAUCACACUGUCUGAGGUCCUGGAGGAGCACAAGGAGUCCAUCACUGAUAUGGCAUCAGAGUGUUCUGGUAGCCAGGAGUGUAUAGCCAACAUGGUCACUGCAGAUGAUGGGGGCGGACUGUGUGUGUGGAAGUCUGGGGAGGAAUUUCAGCUUCUCAACAAGAUCUCUGGUUUUGACAUGAGUUGCUCAUCUGUCAAGUUGUGGAAAGGUACAGUGGUGGCAGGUUAUGGUACGGGCCAGAUCCGUCUCUAUGAAGCAGUGACAGGAAUUCUGCAUGCUGAAGUCAAUGCUCACGCUCGCUGGAUAUACUCGUUGGACAUUGCUCCCUUUUCUGGACUGCUCCUGUCUGCUGCUGAGGACUCUUUGGUCAGGGUUUGGCUCCUGACUGUGACACCAGACACGAAUAGCGUGGAGAUUGCCCAUUUGCAUAAUGAAUGUGUGACGGACACACAAAUUUGUGGCGCCAAGUUCUGUGAUGGCGAUGGUUAUGCCUUUGCUGUGACUGGGUAUGACCUCAGUGAGAUUAUCCGUUAUGUUCAAUCAUAGGUCUUUGCUGUUGUUAAGACUAAUUUGGGAUAGAUUUUUAUACUGAGGAGAAAUGCUUCAUAGCAUUUCUGUCCUUAUUUCUACAGAUAUUAGGAGAACAAUGUAAAGCACAGUAUUUGACUUUUUGUAAAUAUUUUUGUGUGCAAAUUUAGGUGGAUGUAUCUUUAAAACGUUAUUUUGUCAGAUGUAAUUUAUUGUUUAACAAAAAACUUCACCAGUAAAGGUUUUAUAAGGAUGAAUGUGUCUUGGUUUUAAGUGUGCACUUCACUGAUGCACCAGUAGAUGGGACUGUGGGUGAAGUGUUUUUAGGAGGUCAGUUUAAGUAUAGACCAAACAGAGUUCACUUAAGUUCAGGGUGGCGAUAUCUAAAAUAUUUAUAUACUGAAUACAGGGAAACUUGGACCCGCAUCCAAGCUUGUAUGUAAGCAGUAUUUAAGCGUGUAAAUACUGGCACUGCAAAGAGGAAGGUCGUUCUUGUUCUUUUCAAUGUAUUGUUUCAGUUUUUACAUGGGCACAUGUUACUGUCCCUUUCCAUCCAACUGCCCACAGAUGGAACAUAUUUCACCAUUUGAUUUUUAUUCUGAUACAUUUUAC